UUCUUUUAGGCUCCGAGUCGAGCGAGAACACACUCGGGCCUGCUGCAUCAAGACGGAUAAAUGGAUAGGAAAGAUGAAAAAGAUGUGGAAGAAAAGGAUAAGGCUUUGGAAAUGAAUGAAGCUCUUUAAACACGUCAUCAAACGCUGCGGCCACAGCGGGGGGCCCUGCAUACGCCCGAGUGAGGGAUGCUCGUGUGGGUGUGUGCAUAUAGUUUUGUAUUGGCCUAAUAAACCAUCCGUCUGCAGGGAGGGGUGAGCAGUGGAUGUGAGUUUUAAAGGGGGGGUUACAGCACUCUUUUUUUUCCUCCAUAUUUAUACCUCUUUCAAAUGCACAGACAAACGGACGCAGAGUCCAGCCCAGAGGUUUUUUUUUUUGAUGGUCGUCGAUACCGCUGCGUGAUGAUGUCAUACGGCAGACAGCAAGGGAGGGAGGCCUGAUCAAAGGAGAGAGGGAGGGAUGAAGACGGAGGAGAGGAUAACCAAGACAACAACGGGACAAAGAUGGCGACGGCUUCAGCAAUGGGACGUCCACUGGCGUCCAGACCCUCGGAUCACCAAAAGGCGCCAAGGCCGUGCGGCGACUGCGUCCUCGCCCUUUAUCCCAACAGGAAGAGCACCAGCGACACGGACUGGAACGACUGCGCCAACCUCAGCCAUCACCACCACCUCCGGGCUAGCAUGCUUCAAGUUGUCAUGGAGAAGCAGUUCAGCCAGAAAUGGACAGAGAUCAGAACAGAUGUCUGGACCUUACCUGAACCACCAGAUCCAGGCCUUCAGCCCGGUCGACAGCCAGCCUGACAAAAUGAAAGGUGUGUCUUUUUUCUUCAGUUUAUUUGGUUUUGAAGUUCUAUCGGUAAAUAUCCCCACGAAUUUGAAACAAAACUAUCUUUAGAAACUCUCAUAGUUGAUAGUUCUAAAGUUUUUUUUGCAAUAAUUGUCUCGUUGAAUCAGCAAAAGAAUGUGAAUGUAAUAAAUCAUGAAUAGAAGCUGUAAAUUUGGUAAAUAAUUGGUUAAUUCAUUUGUUUUGUUUGUCAUAAUUGUGGUUCUCUUCAGUUACUAAGAGAUAAGCAUGUGAAGGUUCUUUUUCAUCUGAACCAUGUAAUUACAGGAUUUCUGCUCUUUAGUGGAUUUUUAAGGUUAAUCCAGAAUUUAGUGCUAAUCUGAGUAACAAGCCUUGCACAUUAUACUUACUUUAAGGAAGAUAAAUCCUGUGCUUAUACUUAAAAAAACAUCACUUUCAGUUACUGCACCAGAUAAGUUACAGAAAGACACAACCAAACACACCAUAGAACCAGUUUUUACAAUAAAUCAAAUUAAAUGCAAUUAAGUGCCCAGAAUUUAGUUUAGUAAUCCUCAUUUGUUUGGUCAUAGAAAUGAUCAUUAGCAGCCUUUUCUGUCUCCUCCUCCUCCUCUUCACACGCACAUGCGCACAUGUACACGCCCGCACACAUCCUAACACCCGCGGACCUGAAUGACUGACAGCUCGUUGGAGGAGAGUGACACGGAGGGCGGUCGGACAGCAGCAGCGGCGGCGGCAGCGGCGUGUUUCCUCAGCCUGUCUGUCUGUGUGUGGAUGCUGGCUCCUCAAGUCUGACAGGGUGAAUUGCUUGCCAGAAAAAUCCUUGCUGCAGGGGAAGGUCUGACCUCUGCUUUGUACAAUCAAAGCCAUGAGUGUUGUCAGAGAAUUACCCGGGAUCGGGUUCAGGGGCGGUGGAGGGGUUGCGGCCUCUCUUAGCGGCCCCGCUCAUUUUACUGAAGAUGCCCCGCGACCUCCAGUACCCGGCGAGGAGGGGACGGAUCUGGACCCCCCAGUCCAGUCAGUCAACGCCCGUCCAAACAACCUCUCGCAAGUGCUCGGGUGUCCCGCUUCGUCGAAGAUGGGAGACUUGUCUGGCUACGCCCCCUCGUCGUCGUCCGCAACGCCUCGCCGCCCGGACCUGGACUUGGGAUACGAACCCGAGGGCUCUGCUUCUCCGACGCCACCUUAUCUGAAGUGGGCCGAGUCGCUACACUCGCUACUGGAUGACCAGGAUGGCACUCAGCUGUUCAAAAACUUUCUCUGCCAGGAAGGGUGUGCAGACCUGCUGGACUUUUGGUUUGCGUGCUCCGGGUUCAGACAGAGCAGCCAGGAGAAAAGGGCAAAGCUGGCCAAAGCCAUCUACAAGAAGUACAUCAUAGAUGGAAGUGGGAUUGUCUCGAGGCAGAUCAAAGCAGCUACCAAGAGCUUCAUCCGGGACUGCGUGGGAAAGCAGCAUCCAGAUCCUGCCAUGUUUGACCAGGCACAGACAGAGAUCCAGGCCAUGAUCGAGGAGAACACCUACCCUUUGUUCCUCAAGUCCGAUCUGUAUUUGGAGUACACCCGGACCGGAGGAGAGAGCCCCAAACCCAACCCCAGUGAUCAGAGCCCCUCUUCGGGUCCAGCCAAGUCCAGUCCUGGAUACCUGCCGACACUCGCCGAGGAUGAGGAGUGGAGGUGUGGAGGGGGUGCAAGGGAGCUGGAAGAGGAGAAAGAUGAAGAAUGUGGAAACACACCAGCGAGCAGACUGACUCAAAGCCUGCUGAUGCAGACGGCGCCGCAUCGAGCUACAACCAGCAGGAGAAGAGCGGACACCAGAGAGUACAGGCCGUGGCGAGAGCCUGUGAACCCGUACUACGCCAACAUGGGCUACGCUCGGGCUCCAGCAACCAGCGCUAAUGACAGCGAGCAGCAGAGCAUGUCAAGUGAUGCAGACUCGAUGUCACUAACCGACAGUAGUGUAGAUGGUAUUCCUCCAUACAGAUAUCGGAAGCAGCAUCGGAAAGAGAUGCACGAAAGUGCCAAAGCCAAUGGCCGUGUGCCUUUACCGCAUAUACCUCGCACGCAUCGCAUGCCAAAGGACAUCCACGUAGAGCCGGAGAGGUUUGCAGCAGAGCUCAUCAGCAGGCUGGAGACCGUUCUCAGAGAGAGAGAAGCAGAGGAACGGCUGGAGGAGAGGCUGAAGAGAGUACGACUGGAGGAAGAAGGGGACGAUGCUGACAUCUCCAUGGCAACCUCCAUCUCCUCUCACAACAUACCACUCCCCCUCCCCUCAUCGUUUCCACCUCUAUACGGUGCCCGUUAUUCCGAGACCACUGCAAACGCAGCAACGGCUGCCACUUAUGGCAGUCUGGUUGCCAUGGAGGAUUCCCAGGAUGACGACCCAGAAUCUAUUUUGGAUGAGCACGUUCAGCGGGUGAUGAAGACGCCAGGCUGUCAGUCCCCGGGGGCGGCCAACAGCACCUUAGGAGGAGGUAGACAUACCCCUCCCAAAUCAUCCCGCUCACCUGAUGGGGGAAUUGGGCUGCCUCAUUACCCCCCACACCGAGGCGGAGGUCAUGGCUCGUCUGCCUCUGGGGUCAAAGCAAUGCAUUAUCAUAAGCAGCCGUACCACCACAGAGGGAGAGAAAGCCAGGAGGAGGCGGGCAGCAGACCUCAGGCCAACCUGCCGUGGAACGGAGAACCAACAAAUCAAUACACAGGAAGAAGGAAUUAUGCAGACGGAGCUGGAGCUAGCGUUCUCGAUGGAAUGGGUUACAGUAGUAAAGGCAGUACGCUAUCGAGAAGAGGUUGUAAGAAGACAGAAACGUUGGGUAAAGUGGACGAUGGCGGCCGUGACUUAGAAACUCAAGUGCCACUAGAGGAUCUGGAGAGGAACCAGAAGAUUCUGCAGUGGAUGAUGGAGGGAGACAGACAAAGGAAGAGCUCUCACGGCAGCAGCACCAACAGUUCUCGGAGGACAGGAACCAGCAGCGAGUCCCGUCCAGCAUCUGUGGAGAAGCCCGGCGCCGUACACCCCUGGAUCUCCGCCCAGCUGCGGAACAACCCCUCAUCAAUGUCCAGCGCCAUUCCGGGCUCCACGUCCGCUCAGAUCCAGCCUUCACACCCUUUCAUCCAGGACCCCGCCAUGCCCCCCAACCCAGCUCCCAACCCCCUCACUCAGCUGGAGGAGGCUAAAAGGAGGCUGGAGGAAGAGAGGCGGAGGGCAGCUCUACAGCAGGCCAAACAGAGGCAUAAGUCUGGAAAGAGGCAGCUCUGUGAAAACAUGACUGUUGCUUACUACUUUUGCGGCGAGCCCAUCCCGUACAGAACAUCCGUCAAAGGACGAGUCGUCACUUUGGGCCAGUUUAAGGAGCUGCUUACCAAAAAGGGCCACUACAAGUUCUACUUCAAAAAAGUCAGCGACGAGUUUGACUGCGGUGUCGUUUUUGAGGAAAUUCGGAACGAUGAUGACAUCUUGCCCAUCUUUGAGGAGAAAAUCGUCGGAAAGGUGGAGAAGAUUGACCGAAACUUGGGAACAUGAAAUGCAAAAAAAAAAAAAAACGUUUUUUAAUGAAGCGAUGGGCUGAGAAUGGAAGAAGUUGCUAGAAGAAACCGGAUGUCAGGAAGUUUAAAAAACAAAAGGUGGACGGAGAAAUGUGCGACAGAAGGGAAACUGCUGCAAGAGAAGAGGCGGAGUUUGGAGGAGGUGGUUGUGGAGCGCGAAUGACCCUGUCAGUGCCUGGCUUAAACCGACGACUUAAAGCAAAGAAACUUGAACGAUUAUGCAGGAGUGGCAGAAAAAAAAGAAAUCUCACCCGUCAUAUUUUCAUGGUGGAUCUUCACGGAGGUUAGGGGGAAGAAAUGGCUGAUCAGUCUUCCGCAUGGAUGGAAAAAAGUGAGGAAACUUCUGGAAGAAGUUCUGAAAGUGGUCUUCCGCUUCUCCUCUGAAGACCAUACGAUGCUGCUACAUUACCACGGAAACUCUUCAACUGGUGCUCGGGACUGUCUGCUCCUCAGUGGCGAUGAGGGGGGAGGACAGUAAAGUGGGUUGUUGAACUUCUUUUUUUUUUUUGGGUUGCUUUUUCUCUCAUAGCCUCAAGCACAGAUCUUUGAUUCCUAGAUGUCACACGGUGAUCUCUCACAUCCACGCGUUCACUGAGUCACCCGUUUACCAAAGUAACACGUUUGCGAUCAAACAAGCAUCCAUUUUAUUUCAUUUGAAUUGUUUAUGUACACGCCAGGUACAGUUACCUAUCACAGCAGAGUAGUUUUGUCAUCUUAAUCAUGUAUUGAGUUUUGAAGGUAGUUUGUCAAACUAAGGCAGCCUUAUUCUCAAAUUAUUUCUGCACCUCACUUCAAUGCUGUCUACACCUAAGCAGGUGUUUUUUAUUUGAAAUAAAUCUUUAUGGCUGUA